AUGGCAGUAGGCGAGAGCUUACCCGACUUCCUCACAAACACGGCUCUGGAUGCGAGCUUUGACAAGGAUGUACUUGACACGCACCUCAUCUACGACUACGACGCGCAAGACGAAAACGGCAACCCUGAGAAAUGGCGGUACGAGCUCUGGUGCUUCUCUUCUGAUCGGGUAGUCUAUGCAAUCCACGGCGGACCCAUGGCAGGCCGGACCAACUACCAACGAGCAACAUACCAGUGCAUCCGUGCUGGUGAGCUCUGGCAAAUCAAUUGGCUCGAGGAGACGGGCACGGUUGUGUCUGCUGUCUAUGACAUCAAGGAGCAGAAGAUGACGACGAUGAUUGCCUUUUCAGAGGGCCAUUGGAAGAGGGCCACAGAAGCCUUGGGUGACAAGCGGAACAGGGAGGAUUUGGAGAGAUGGAGGGGCCUCGCGGGUGUGGGAAAACAAACAUCGAGAUUCAUGCUGAGUGAGCAGGCGGAUAUCGUCGAGGUGUUCAAGGGCAAGGGCAAUCUGGCGCCGAUUCAGGAGAGCGAUCCGCUCUUUUGA